CGCUUCUUUCAACAACCAUUCUAAUUUCCAACACAAAAACUAAGAAAAAGGGCAAGAGAGAAAUGCGGAAUCUCUUUUGACUACAAUAAUAAUCACCUCGGAGAUCGGGCACUACCGGUCGCCGGAUAAUCCUUCCGGAAGGUUCGAGCUUCCCCCGAACUACCGGCAAACACCUCCUACGUUUUUUCGGCGAGAGAAGGAAUUUAAAUAUAUUAUAUAUUUUUUGCCGGGUUUGGUUUUCGAUGGCUUCGGAGGAUGUGAAGACUCCUGAAUCGGCUGUAUCGACGAUCGUGAAUCUAGCUGAGGAAGCGAAGCUCGCGAGAGAGGGAGUUAAAGCUCCUAGAUAUGCUAUUAUUAGCAUCUGCAAGUCUCUCGUUGCUGGCGGCGUCGCCGGUGCAGUGUCACGAACUGCCGUUGCUCCUUUGGAACGUUUGAAAAUCUUACUUCAGGUUCAGAAUUCACAUAAUAUAAAAUACAAUGGAACAAUUCAAGGCUUGAAGUACAUUUGGAGAACAGAAGGUUUUCGUGGAUUAUUCAAAGGCAACGGUGCUAAUUGUGCACGCAUUGUUCCAAACUCUGCGGUCAAGUUCUUCAGCUACGAGCAAGCUUCAAUGGGAAUCCUAUAUCUGUAUCAACAGCAUACUGGCAAUGAAGAUGCUCAACUCACUCCCCUUUUACGCCUUGGAGCUGGAGCAUGUGCUGGAAUAAUUGCCAUGUCUGCAACUUACCCAAUGGACUUGGUACGAGGCAGGCUCACUGUACAGACAGAGAGGUCUCCUUAUCGGUAUAGGGGAAUGUUCCAUGCUCUGUCAACUGUGUUGAGGGAAGAAGGCUCACGAGCAUUGUACAAGGGUUGGCUUCCUUCAAUCAUUGGAGUUAUACCAUAUGUGGGGUUGAACUUUGCUGUGUAUGAAUCUCUAAAAGAUUGGUUAAUCAAAACUAAACCAUUUGGAUUGGUUGAAGACUCUGAGUUGAGUGUGACGACCAGGCUUGCUUGUGGGGCUGCUGCUGGAACUGUUGGCCAAACUGUUUCUUACCCUCUUGAUGUGAUCCGCAGAAGAAUGCAAAUGGUAGGAUGGAAAGAUGCAGCCUCUGUUGUAACUGGUGAGGGGAGGAGCAAGGCCUCCCUUGAGUAUACUGGCAUGAUUGAUGCAUUCAGGAAAACAGUUAGGCAUGAGGGCUUUGGGGCAUUAUACAAGGGUCUGGUCCCUAAUUCUGUUAAGGUCGUGCCGUCAAUAGCUAUUGCAUUCGUGUCAUAUGAAGUGGUGAAGGACGUUUUAGGGGUUGAAGUUAGAAUCUCAGACUGAAAUGGUGUCAAUUCAGCAUACAUGCUUCUGAGGUGUGUACCAUUUUUUGUAUGCAAGGGAAUAGAUACAAGGCGAAGACGGGAUGGUUUUCUUUAUCCUUUUUUUUUCCUUUUAUAACUCUCAUAAAUGAGCAUUAGGAACUUGUAUGAGCUCGUGUCACGGAGAUUUGUACUGGCUGGUUUGUGACACAUGCAUGUCUGUAAUUUCUUGUGAACACUGUAGCUUUCUGCUCUUCCUUCAUGCGCCGUGUCAAUAAGGAUGAAGGAACAUUGCGAAUAACGCAUUUGCCUGCGUCUGCAUAGAAGUCGAGAAAGCAAUUUCGUAGCCUUCUGUGCGAUAUAAAUUCUG